GUUUACACUACACGUCGGCAGACCGAAUUUCUGUUUCUGGCAACAAGGCCGAACAACUGGAAAGCAAACAAAAAGUAUAAUCCAGUACUGUUGGUUACACUAGAUCCGAACUCAUCGUCCGAGUCUUCAGGCACCUGAUGAUGAACUUAAAAUUUUGUUUCUGUUCUGACGGAAAACACAUUCUGAUGAAAAUUUAUCUGGCAGGGAUAAACAAAAAAGAAAAUGGAGGGCUUCAGUACAAAUAACGUUGUUGUGGUACUUGACACGGAGAAGCUUAUUUUACUAGUUCAAGAGAGAACGCCACUAUGGGAUACAUCGAACCCAUGCUACCACAAUAGAGACAUCUCAAAAAAAUUAUGGUCUGAAAUAGCUGAUGAACUCGGAUGUACAAUGUCACAAGCAAAAGCCAAAUGGCAAAAUUUACGAGACACCUUUAGGAAAGAGCACACAAAGAACAUAAAAAAAGUAACUGGAAGUGCAGCAGCUAACACUAAAGUACCAUGGAAAUACAUAAAUCAAUUAGCAUUUUUAAAUGAUGUUUUUGUUUCUAGACCAAUGCUAAGCAGUUUUCCAUCUACAUCAAGUUCUGAAUUUAGUGAAACUAUUGUGGCUGAAAUAAAUUUCAACAAUUCGGACUCACUGGACGAAGCUGCUGUGCGAGAUCCAGAAAUAGUUCUGCCAAUUGAAAAACCAAAGCUACAAUGCAAAAGAAAGGCAGACAAAGCUGACGCCAUUAAUCAGUUGAUAACAUUAGAGAAAAAGAAAUUAGAACAAAUUGAAAAGAUUAAUGACAAACAGGAGAUCAAGAAUGAUGAUAACUACCAUUUCCUGAUGAGUUUAUUACCAUAUUUUGAAGAUAUGCCUAAAAGAGUGAGCUUGUUAACAAGGAUGAAGAUACAACAAGUUAUUUUUGACACAAUUGAUGAUGCAGACUGUGAAUGAGCAAUGUGUAAUGAUUAAGAACUUUGUAUGUUAUCUGUUAUUACAUAGUCUUCUUUAUUCUUGACUAAUGUUAAUUAUUUGAAAUUACAAACAUGUUAUUGGUUAUUGAGUCUAAUUAUAUAAAAGUAUUUCAAGUAUGCAAUAAUGCUACUAAUUUUUUUUAUUUCAACUGAAUCAUCAGUGUUGUUUCAAAACAGUACAUUUGAUCUUGUGAUUUUGUUAUACGGGUAUUGCUAGAAACUGUAUUAUUUAUUUUUAUUCAUUGACUUGUUUUUGCUAUUAUUUAUCACUUUGAAAUCAUUACUUUCAAGUUUGUUUAUGGUGAAUUUGUGAUUCUACUGAUAUCCAGUUUUUCACUACUAGCUUGUAGUAAGGCUGAUGUUCUUUUAACUAUUACUUGUAGCCUUAACCAUGUAGUCAAUGUAAAUUAUUAUCUAAUAGUAGUACCUGUAGACUACUAACUAAUUAAUAAUUGCUAUAGAUUUAACUAUGUUCUCAUCAUACUGUAUUCUUAACUCUACUAAUUUUUAUGCUCAUGGUAAAAAUAAUAGUUUCAUUCAAAAGUAAUAAAUGUGUGGGUACAUUUAAUCCAUCAGAAGUUUAAGACCCUAUUUGUUAUUUUGAUAAAUAAUACGGGUCUGAAAUCAUGUAUUGUUUCAUUAAUUAUUAAAGCUUAUUAAAUUAAUUACUUGAUUUUUUGUUAUGGCUGUAUAAAAAUUAAAUGUGUUAAUAAAUUUCUUUUUAUUUUAUUUAAGACAUCUUCAA